AUGGGGAAAGAUUGCUGCCGAAAGUUUUUGGAAGGUGGAAUUCUGAAGCCUGCAAAUGGACAAGCAUCUGAGCAAGUAUCUUGGUAUGUGCCCAAACCUUUUACUUCUGAACAAGCACUGCUGGACAACAUCAACCCUUCUGCUUCAGUUGCCGUGAAAUUUACUACCAGCAAGAGGGAAGAGACUUUUGGAAUUGUGACUUCACCAAGCUAG